AAGUGGUCCAAGGGGAAAGUAAGAGACAAGUUGAACAACCUUGUCCUGUUUGACAAGGCCACCUAUGACAAACUGUGCAAGGAGGUGCCCAACUACAAGCUCAUCACGCCUGCGGUUGUCUCAGAGAGACUGAAGAUUCGAGGCUCCCUGGCGAGGGCUGCCCUCCAGGAGCUGCUCAGCAAAGGUUUGAUCAAGCUGGUGUCCAAGCACCGAGCGCAAGUGAUCUACACCAGGAACACAAAAGGGGGAGACGCGCCCGCGGCAGGGGAGGACGCAUAGCAAGGU